AUGUCCCUGGAGGGCGUGGCCGGCAUUGGCAUAACCAAGCGGCCGUCGCAGCAAUGCCCGGACGCCCGGCGCGCGGAGGCACAGGAGGAUACGGUGGAGCAGGACACAGGGCCAUGGAUCGCGAGGAAGAAGGUCACCGCGCUCGCCAUCUGCCUCGUCGCGCUGCCCGUCCUGAUGACCACGGUUAGCCGCCGGGACGCGCCGUGGACGGCCGCGUCCUUCUGGCCAUUGGCGUCCACAUCCACGAAAGUUUCCAAUGCAGAGAAGCUUCUCGGGGGCCUCCUGGUCCCGGGGUUCAACGAGCGGUCGUGCCUCAGCCGCUACCACUCCGCGUUCUACCGCAAGAACAUGGCGCGGUCACCGUCCCCGCACCUCAUCAAGCGGCUCCGGGAGCACGAGGCGCUGCAACACCGGUGCGGCCCGGGCACCGAGGCGUACAGGGCCGCGGCCGCGCGGCUCAGUUCCGGGCACCCCAACGCCACGGACGGCGACGACGCCGCCCCGGGCGCCUGCAAGUACCUCGUGCUGGUUCCGUACAGGGGCCUCGGGAACAACAUCCUGGCCAUGGCGUCGGCGUUCCUCUACGCCGUGCUCACCGACCGGGCCCUGCUCCUCGACCGGACGACGUCGCUAGGUGACAUCUUCUGCGAGCCGUUCCCGGGCGCGUCGUGGCUGCUGCCGCAGCACUUUCCGAUCAGGAACCUCCAGAACCUGACCGGCGAGGUGCCUGAGAGCUACAGGCACCUGGUGCAGAGCGACGACGCGGCGGCGUCCGUGUCCCGGCGCCGCUACGUCUUUGUCGACCUCGACCACUCCUGCACCUACCACGACAAGCUCUUCUUCUGCGACGACGAGAGGCGGUUCCUCCACCGCGCGCCGUGGCUGCUGAUGAGGACGGACGGGUACUUCGUGCCGGCGCUCUUCCUGAACCCGGCGUACCAGGAGGAGCUUGACCGGCUGUUCCCGCGGAAGGAUGCCGUGUUCUACCUCCUGGCGCACUACCUGUUCCACCCGACGAACAAAGUGUGGGGACUGAUCACGAGGUUCCACGACUCGUACCUGAAGAACUCGGACGAGCGAUUGGGCAUCCAGAUCAGGGUGUUCGACGGGGACACUCCGUUCCAGCACAUCUUGGACCAGAUCCUUGCCUGCACGUCGCAGGAGCACCUGCUCCCUGAUGUGGUGACGCAGGAACCGCCCCAUCCGUCGACGACCGGUGCCCAAUCGAAGGCGAUCGUCACCAGUGGCUGGUCGACGUUCGGGUACGUCGGCCACGGGCUCGGCGGGCUCACGCCGUGGAUCAUGUUCAGGCCCGAGAACCACACCACGCCCAACCCGCCGUGCCAGCGGGCCAAGUCCAUGGAACCGUGCAUGCACGGGCCGCCGUUCUACGACUGCCGGACGAAGCACGGCGCUGACACGGGAAAGCUGGUGCCUCAUGUGCAGCACUGCGAGGACAUGAGCUGGGGGCUCAAACUUGUUCACCCCGAGUGAAAAGUGCAAUGAAAAUAAUAGAACUCUGCGAU